AUGUGUGAAGGUUGUUAUUACGUAUUAAAUAGACAAUUUUUAGAUAAGUAUCAAUUUUAUCUUUUGGAUAUUUUUUGUCAAUAUUACAUGAUUUCCAAAAUAGAUGAUAUAACAAAUCAAAUGAUUUAAUAUUUACGGAGAGUGCAUAUUAUUUUGUUUUAUUUCAAAUUCUGUUUAAGAAGAGGUAGAUUAAAAUUAUUUAAAUACAUCCUGACUCUGAUUUUUAAGAUAUAGAACAAUAAAGAUGAGAUAUUGUAUUGGUAUUAUUUUUUAACUAACAUUAAAGUUCUUACUAUUUAGAAUUAUUACCAAUAAUAGUUUAUGUUCAUUAAAAAUAAAUUCAUCAAUAUAUUUGUGUAUGACAAUAAGAAAAUAUAGGAAACAGUUCUAAUUUGGAUUAUUGCUAAUAUUUAUAUACUAUUUUUGGGAUUAUAGCAGUUGUAAUGGAUAUAGUGA